AUGUCAUGUCCACUCACACCACGCGCUCAGAAGUAUCACGCCAACUUUGGCACAUCCAGAGAGCGAGAAUUCUAUAAGUAUCUACCGUCGUACCAUCUCAACCCACAUGCUCUACAACACAUCGGGCCUACUACCCAAUCAAAACAAUAUGUCGCUCGAUCCUCGGCGGACCCCGUCUUGACGGCGUUCGCCCAAUUGGGAACCUUGCGACUGAAUGCACAACGUGCGUUGAUUUCGCUCUUCGGUCGAAAUGAGCAACACGUUCUCACCGAAGCCACUCGAACCCUGAGUUUGCAGGAUGAUGGCGACCAUGAUGCGCGAGACGGACUUUGGAUCGGGAGCUGUACAAUGUCAUAUGAACGCAGCAUGUGUCGAUCGGUCAUGAACUCUACGCCAAAUAUGUCAAACCCCAGGGAUGGAGUCUUUGUUGUGCCCGAUGUUGCCAAGGAUAACGCAUUCUCGGACCAUCCAGAUGUGACUACAUUCCCAAACAUCCGCUUUCUAGCAUCAAGUCCUAUCAUCAGCCCGAAGGGCGUAGUGAUUGGAGCCUAUACGAUCCUCGACGACAAACCCCAUGAGCCUCUGCCCGCCGAGUCCCUCCAAUUUCUGGUUGAUAUUGCAGUUACAGUCAUGGAUUACCUGGGUACUAGUCACUCAAAAGCUCAGCAUUUCCGCAGUGAGCGCAUGAUGGUUGGCCUUGGAAGUUUCCUGGAAGGAAAAGGUAGUCUGCGCAACUCAUGGGUUGUCGACACGGACGUCCCUCAAACCAAGUUUGACGAAAUGGAUCAGUUAGAGGGGCAUGUUAAUCGAGAACAGCAAGAAAAGCAGGCUUCGCAUGACAUGGGUCAGAAUGGCACACCAAACCAUCUGCCUUUCCGGCCAUACAGCCUUCAUAUCCCUAGAAAGAAGUCUCUGAAAGGGAAUAGGGAGCAAUAUCAGUCAGUUUCCGACUCAACCACUAGAAGGAGAGACGAUAAGGCCUCGUCAAGACUCAAAGAAGCAUCGCAAGCGGCCAUGGCAAUUGGAAAUGAUCACUCAAGGCAGAAUUCACCGAAGGAUGAUUAUACUGCCAAAGUGAACGAAACAUUUGGACGUGCAGCCAAUCUCAUCCGCGAGAGUAUCGAAGUUGAAGCAGUCGUCUUUUUCAACGCCAAUUUCGGCUCCCAGGGAGCUUUAGUGAACAAUGUGAAAUCUGACACGGAAGGCAGUGGGUUCGAAAGUUGUUCUUCCGGGGAUGAGGCCAAAUCCCGAGGCUCCCAGCAAAGUUCCUUCGAAGAUCAAGAUUCUUUUGACCCCGAUAGCUCAGGCAAAGCUACGUUAAACCCGUGCGAAAUACUCGGAUUUUCCACUUCGAAUGCCUCCAGCAUCAACGACCAGUUGAAAGACGAUAACAAAAUCGCCUUAUCAGAGUCAUUUCUUGCAGGCCUUUUACACCGAUACCCUCGAGGGAAGAUUUUCAAUUUCGGUGAAGAUGGAACAAUCUCAUCCGAUGAUACCAGCGAUGGUGUUUUCAAACGAUUUUUGCGACCUCCUAGGGGGAAAAAGUACAAAAUAACACGGAAGUCGCUUCUGCGCCAGGAUGCCCAAAUCUUGCUUCAACUCGCCCCGGACUCUCGAAGCAUUAUCUUCUCACCUUUAUGGGAUUCGCACAAAGGUAGAUGGUAUUCGGGAGCACUGACAUGGACAAAAGCACCUCACCGUGUCUUUACUUCGAAUGAUGAGUUAGCAUUCCUCUUGACAUUCGGGACUAGCGUCAUGGCGGAAGUGCACCGACUCGGUGCUCAUUUCGCCGAUCGAGCAAAAGCAGACUUGCUCUCAGGACUCAGCCAUGAACUUCGAUCCCCUCUGCAUGGCAUCUUUGGAAGCACGGAACUCUUGAAUGAUACUGUUAUGGACGCGCUACAACGAGAAUUUAUCCAUACAAUCUCUUCUUGUGCAUUCACACUACUAGGCUCGAUCAACCAGCUCCUCGAGUAUGCUAGUAUUAAUGAUAUUCGGCCGAAAUCUAUCGCUGCAACCCCCGGUAUCCAUGAAAUUCCCGUCAACCGGAAAUCGCCCCCAACCCGCCGUUUGGAGCAGACUGGAAAGGUUGAUAACGACACUUGUGUCGAACUUGAUGCUGCCUUAGAAGAUGCAGUGGAAACAGUCUUCGCUGGGUAUUCAUUCUUGAACUAUUCACGUUCCCCUCUUCAUGCCGCUGCUGGAGCUUCUAGUUUGAGUAGCAAAUAUCCCGAUACACAGGGUGGAGUCAAGGUGAUUUUGGACAUUGAUCGCACCCACAGUUGGAAAUUUUCAACUCAGGCUGGGGCGUGGCAUGUCAUCCUCACGAAUAUCCUUGGCAACGCCUUGAAAUUCACCCAAGAUGGGUAUAUCUACAUCUCUAUGAAAGCCACUCCGGCCAAAUACAAAGCAGACGGCGAGGUUAUAAGCUCAACAGUCACUGUCACUGUAAAGGACACUGGAUCUGGGAUGGACUCAGAUUUCCUGAACAAUGGAUUGUUCACUGCUUUCUCACAGGAAGAUAGUAUGACAAUCGGCAAUGGUAUUGGGUUGAACAUCACACAAAGAAUGAUAUUAUCACUUGGCGGCGAUAUCCACGUCAACUCCGAGAAGGAGGUCGGCACUGAAGUCAUAACAACCGUGACCCUCAAUCAUGUGCCGGCUGCGGACAACCUAGACAGGUUGAAUAGCCACUCUCCCAUCACCAUGGCGCAAAGACUUACACGCGCAAAGACCGUUGGGAUCUUAGGCCUCGGAACUUCUGAAUUACACAGAGCUCUACGGUCAUCAUUGAAGAAGUUGUGUGGGGACUGGUUCUCCAUGGAAGUCCUCUUUGUGGAAUCUGCAGAAUCACAAUUCGUCCAUUGCGACUUGUACAUCUCUUCUCAGGAGUGUCUGGAUACAGGGAACCUGGAAACAGCUGUUGCGCCCAGGCCAGGUGCGCGGUUUUCUUCGCCUGCCAUCAUAAUAUGCCCAUCACCAAGGACUGCGCACUCGAUGUCCGCCGGAGUGCAAAAUCGCGGGGAUGCACGUGUUCUCGAAUUCAUUAGCCAGCCAUGCGGACCGCGCAAGUUGGCAAAAGCAUUGGAAGCAUGUAUUAAACGUCAACAGCUGCGGUUUGAUUCCUCCCAGGGCAAGGAAUACACAUCGGAUAGCUCAGCGAGCUUGCCAAUAGAUCUUAGCACCGAUGGACCUGGAUUGGACUCGACUACCCCGUCAUCAAAUGGGGAGGUAACCGAACAACCCACGAUCAAAGUAGUACAAUAUUCAGAAACGUGCAGUCAAUCUUCGCUUACGUCAUUGAGAAACUCCCAAGGGGAUGUUAAUGACCCGCUUUCUCUACCUGAAGAGGUCGCCUCCGCAAGCCACGAUACACCUAUCGAAAAGGAAAAUGGCCCAAAUUCCAGCCUUCCAAGCACAGUUCUUCUUGUGGAUGACAAUGACAUCAACCUCAAAAUUCUCAUUGCUUUUAUGAAGAAGUUGAAGUGCGAUUAUCUUAUAGCGCAAAACGGAGAAAAAGCGCUCGAGGUUUUCAAGGCAAAUUUCUCUGUCAUUGCAAUGAUCUUCAUGGAUAUUUCCAUGCCAAUAAUGGACGGCUUGGAAUCAACUAGGCGUAUCCGCGAGUUUGAGAAAACACUGGGAACCAAAUCCCGGGUCAUGAUUGCCGCCUUAACUGGCGUUGCGCAAGCCGACAUGGAACGCGACGCGACUGGGUCUGGUAUGGAUUUAUUCCUCACCAAACCUAUACGGCUGAGGAGUCUUGUGCCAAUAGUCAAAGGCGUAUUGCCCCGAACCCAUGCACUGUGGCAAGAGUAG